AAGAUGGCGGCGGAGGUGGAGUAUGAGUCUGUGUUGUGUGUGAAGCCCGAUAUCAGCGUCUACCGGAUUCCGCCCCGGGCCUCCAACCGCGGUUACAGGGCAUCUGACUGGAAAUUAGACCAGCCUGAUUGGACUGGUCGCCUCCGAAUCACUUCAAAAGGGAAGAUUGCUUAUAUCAAACUCGAGGAUAAAGUUUCAGGGGAACUCUUUGCUCAGGCACCAGUAGAACAGUACCCUGGUAUUGCUGUGGAGACAGUGACAGAUUCCAGCCGCUACUUUGUAAUCCGGAUCCAGGAUGGUACUGGACGCAGCGCUUUCAUUGGCAUUGGUUUCACAGAUCGGGGUGAUGCCUUUGACUUUAAUGUCUCCUUGCAAGAUCACUUCAAGUGGGUAAAGCAGGAAUCUGAGAUUUCCAAAGAAUCUCAGGAGAUGGACACCCGUCCCAAGUUGGAUCUGGGCUUCAAGGAAGGGCAGACCAUCAAGUUGAGUAUUGGGAACAUUACAACCAAGAAAGGAGGCACUUCAAAGCCCAAGACUGCAGGGACUGGAGGCCUAAGCUUACUCCCUCCCCCACCUGGAGGCAAAGUUACUGUUCCUCCACCAUCCUCCUCAGUUGCCAUCAGCAAUCAUGUCACUCCACCACCCAUUCCGAAAUCUAACCAUGGAGGUAGUGAUGCAGAUAUCCUUUUAGAUUUGGAAUCUCCUGCUCCUGUUCCCACACCAGCACCAGCUCCAGUUUCUGCAAGCAAUGAUUUGUGGGGAGACUUUAGCACUGCAUCCAGCUCUGUUUCAAACCAGGCACCACAGCCAUCCAACUGGGUCCAGUUCUGAAUAGCAUUGGCAGGACAUUAAGGACAGAAUUGAAAAAAUGACCUUGAGGGCACCAAUCUGUGAGGGAAGUUAGGGAUCCCUACUCUCCUCAGAACCAAAAUUACUGGACAAUCUUUUUUAUAGCUUCUCCAUUGCGUUCUGUCACUCCCCUGUGUUGUUACUUGUACAGCCAAGAAAGUAUCUCUUCUCUCCUCACUAUCAAGGCAGGGGAAUAGUGGGUCUUAUCAUACACAUGGCUGACUAUGCAGUGCUCCAAAGGCCAGGGUCUCUGUGAGGGGAAAAUGACACCUAACAUCUGCAGAAUUUUUCUCCAUUUUUAAAAUUCUUUAACAUAUUUCAGAAUCAUCUCAUGACCCUUGUGUGCCUCUUUGUGAAGCCCUAUUUAGCAAUUUCAGGGGAGACAAAAGCCUUGAUACUUCCUUUUCCACUCACCCAAGAUUCUGAAAAUAGACUGACCUCAGUGUUUACAAAUACAGAAUUUUGACAGGGAUAGGAAUGAAGAAAAACCUGUGUCGCGGGUCUCUGCCAUAUGUCCUCCUCCAGGUUAAUCCUAUUCAGUGACUAUCCAGUGCUGAGUGCAGUUCCGUCACCCUCAUGUGUUUACAUGUCUCUUCCUAUGAUAAGAGGGUUGUAUUGGUGGCAUCUCCACUAUUCUUGUUUGUUGAAUAGUGUAACGUCUUUGAUCAGUGGGUGUCUCUUGGAUGAAGGAGGUUCAAGUGUUUUCCAAGUUAUAUUCUAGAGAAGUGUUUACAGUAAGUUCUCACUUAAGGAUGUCAAUAGGUUCUGUGACUUUAAGCUAAACCGCUCAUUAAAAAAACCAGUUUUAUCAUAGGCUAAUUGAUAUAAACAAGAGUUAAGUUCCUACAGCAUCUCAUCAGCAUAACAAAAUUACAUUAUUAAAGGACCUGCUGUACUUCCUUGUAGCUCCAUUUAAUUGCUGUACUUUGACCUAAAGUUGAAGGGUUAGAGUUUUUAACCUGAUUUGCAGAGCAGAGGUUGAAAGCAUUUAACUCUUGUUCAGUACCCACUUUGCCUUGCUGCCUGGGUAUCUGGUCCCUUUCCGUAAACAUUUUUCAAUCCAUCUAGCUCUUCAAUAGAAAAGCUGCUAUUACAUGAAUCAUCACUUAUGAAGGAAGCUGGAGAGUCACUGCUUUAGCUAUGAUAGGUUUUGCUCAAAUGACGGCUUUAAUACCCAUCACCCAGGGUAUCUCAAAGCAAGUUGCUCUCCCAACACUUUCCUUUCCCUCUGCCCAUCAUUCCUUCUACAAUGCUGUGAAGAGAGUUCCCUUUCUUAGAUGAUUGGGCACUAUCUGUUUGUUCAUGAACAGUUUUGAGGAUAAAAUGAAAAGAUACAAUUUCUUCCCUUAGUACCUAUUUAGAUGUGUACAUUUUGACGGAAGGGAGUCCUUAUGUUUAUUUUCAAAAUAUAUUCUCUCUCCUGGAUUUACUUCUUGACUCCUUUUAACUUUGGGUCCAUUUCUUUUCAUUGCUUCGCCUUCCAGGCAGCUCUAUUCUUAGAGAGCCAUGGCAGGACAUUUUAAAAUUCCAUAGAAAACACUAAAAGGAAAGUCUGUAGAAUCACUAGUGACUAUUGGGAACCUAUUUUCUCAAUCUUCCUUCACGUUGUGUUCUUUGUAUUCUCAAGAUGAUAAUAUAUUAUGUAUUUGAAUUGCUGAAAAGUUGAUACUGAAGUUUAAGAUUAUAUGUAUAUAAAGCAUAUGCUGUAUUGGUGCAAUAAUGGUAAUUAAAAAUGUGAAAAAAG